CACUAUAGUCGUUCGUUGUUUGUCUCGAACGAUGAUGUCAAUAAGCACUUUGUGAUAAGGCUUGUUUUUUUGCUUUCCACUUGUAAGGAAUCACUCUUGCACACCAAAAAAUGGCAUUCCCUGAGCAAAUUGACGACCCGCCCCUGAAGCACCUUUUCGACGUAAGCGAGGGUGCUGGCUUGGAGCAGGAGGGUGUCAUCCGACUGACUGCUGGCGCGCCGGGGCCCUCCCUGUUGCAAGCAUGCUCUGAGGUUUUCAAGCAAGCCUGGGCGCGCACUUUGGAAAAGUGUAAUGACGUGAAUGUUUUUCAAUAUGGUAUUGCUGCUGGCUCAUGGGAAUUCAGAGAAGAACUUUCGAAAUUUCUUACUGAAAGCUAUGGUGAGAGUGUUCGCAGGUCUGACCUGAUUUUGACAUGUGGAGCAACACAUGGCUUGCAAAUUAUUUUGAACACGCUGCUGGCGCCAGGUGGGAUGAUUUUUGUGGAGAACGCUACCUACAUGAUUGCUCUUGACGUUUUUAAAGAAUUUCCAUCGUCCUCGAUAGAAUCUGUUGAAUUGGACGCAAACGGAAUAGAUCCUGAAGAUUUUGAGAAAAAGAUCAUGCAAUGGAAAAAUGCAAAAAAUUGGAUCACUUCAGAAGAAAAGCCGUUUUGGGCGAUGUUGUACUGCAUUCCAGCGUUUCAAAAUCCUACAGGCACUAGCUUGAGUCACACGCGGUGUCUCCGCUUAAUUGAACUUGCAAGAAAGCACGAUGUGCUCAUCCUCUGCGAUGACGUUUACAAUUUAUUAGCCCAUAAUAAUCCACCAAGGCGCCUUUUUGCUUACGACAGGCCUGACGUGUACACUUUCGGUGGACACGUCAUAUCUAACGGCACUUUUUCCAAAAUUCUAACGCCUGGAGUCCGAAUUGGCUGGUUGGAAGUACCACCAAGAAUCGCUGAGAGACUGAGAAAAUCGGGCAUUUUGCGAAGCAGUGGCUCUGUGAACCAUUUUAUGUCAGCAGUUGUGACCUCAAUAAUGGAAAUGGGCUUACAGAAACAACACCUUGAAUUAUUACGCUCGACCUUCAAGGAGAGAAUGCUAUCCCUAAUGGAAGUGCUUGGCGAAAAUUUGCCCAAGAGCUGCACAUUCCACAGAUCCGAAGGAGGAUACUACAUUUGGCUGGAGCUUCCUGAAGGAACUGAUGCAGCAGACUUCUGCAACUUCAGUGCUGAGCACUUCAAAGCCACUGCUUAUGCUGGGAAAUACUUUUCAAAAUCUAAAACCAGCUGCAUGAGACUAGCAGUGGCCUACCAUGUGAAAGAUGACUUAAAGAAAGCAGCUGAAUUGAUUUGUAAAGCACUGCAUGCGUACCUCAAAUAAAGUUCUUCAAUUUAACAAUAAAA